AUGGAAAAACUGAUCUUGAACGACUUUCCAGGUUUCUUUGAUGAUCCUGCACCGGGCCCCUUUGAUCAGGAUCGGGGCCCUGUACAAUUUCGCGAGGGAAUCGUUAAAGGACGGCAAAUUCUCAGCGGACCUUCCAGUGAAUUAUUCGAGGAGAAGUUCGAACGAAUUUUUGAAGGCGAAGCACUUACAGAACUAUGGCGCCAUGAAGCGAAGAAACGGUUACUAGAUGAUAGGAAGAAGAUUGGUGGCCGUAUGCUGCCGACAUCUCCAUCGAAGAAACACUCGUCGCGAGAUUGGUACGGAUGCUUCGCUAAAUCUUCUUACUUCAGUCCGGGACCGAGGGUGGAAGCGAGAAAAAAGACGCCGGCUCUGCCUAAUAUGAAAAUCAAACCCAAUCCGCUCGGUGGGCCGGGUUACGCGGAUAUUUGCCUCAAUCCUUAUCCAGAGUACUCCCAUGAACCUUACGAUCCUGUCGGAAGGAUAGUCCGUAAAAAGAUGGUGUCUAAAGGUCGAUUCUUGACGACUAGUGCGCCGUUGGAUUAUUUUCCUCCCAAUCCUUACGAGGAUGAGAUGCCAGGACCCACUUACAUUCGUCGCAUCGAAAUUGCAAAGAAGAAACUCGGUGUGGAGCGAUUCUACGUUCCUUUCCCCAAGAAACCUGGCGGAAGUCACGAUGGUUGCUUCAGCAAGUUUCCAGAAUACACGAACGAGCCUUAUGUUAAGGAUAAGGCUAAAGUUGUUGCCAAGCCGAAAUUUUUAAGCAGCGGACCGUCCCUACGUUCGAAAUAUACAAAUAGUAUCAUCGUCCAGAUAACAAAGAUAUCGUGUAAUGCCCGUAAUUAUGCAGAAUAUCGCGAACGAGUGUAUCCUCUACACUAA